GGCCAACAGAGUCAAACGAGUAAGCUUCUCUGAGAGAGGGUGAACAGAAGAACAAGAAAGCAGGGAAGAGGGAGAUAGAGAAAGGCAGAGACAGAGAUGAAGGCAGAGACGCUGACGUUGGUGUUGGUGAACCUAGCAGGCAUAAUGGAGAGAGCAGACGAGUCUCUGCUUUCAGGGGUGUACAAGGAAGUGGGUGCAGCCCUCCAUACGGACCCAACUGGCCUGGGCUCCCUCACCCUUUUCAGGUCCAUGGUGCAGGCCUCUUCCUAUCCACUCGCCGUUUACCUGGCCGCCCGUCACAACCGCACCCACGUCAUUGCUCUCGGCGCCUUCCUUUGGGCUGCCGCCACCUUCCUCGUCGCCUUCUCCUCCACCUUCUUCCAGGUGGCAGUAUCAAGAGCUUUGAAUGGGAUUGGCCUUGCAAUAGUUGGACCUGCAAUUCAGUCCCUUAUAGCUGACUCCACUGAUGAUCACAACCGUGGUAUGGCUUUUGGAUGGCUACAGCUGACAGGGAACCUUGGCUCAAUUCUUGGUGGACUCUGUGCAUUGUUGCUGGCCCAGACAACAUUCAUGGGAAUCGCGGGUUGGAGAAUUUCCUUCCAUCUUGUUGGACUGGUCAGUGUUAUUGUAGGUAUUUUAGUCCGCCUCUUUGCCAAUGACCCACACUUCCCAGAUGGUGCUGCUAAAGCCAGUAACCAAGUUCCAAGUAAAUCCAUAUGGUCUGAAGUGAAGGACCUGGUUCAGGAAGCCAAAUCUGUCAUCAAGAUUACAUCCUUCCAGAUCAUUGUGGCUCAGGGUGUCACCGGUUCAUUCCCCUGGUCAGCUUUGUCAUUUGCACCCAUGUGGUUAGAGCUUAUAGGCUUCUCUCAUAAGAAAACCGCAUUCCUCAUAAGCUUAUUUGUUAUUGCUGCUUCCCUUGGGGGACUGUUUGGGGGUAGGAUGGGGGAUAUUCUUUCCAGGAUCCGCCCAGAUUCUGGGAGGAUAAUUUUGGCACAGAUAAGCUCACUGUCAGCCAUCCCACUAGCAGCACUACUUCUGCUGGUUUUACCUGACAAUCCAUCCACUGCAGCCAUGCAUGGUUUGGUCUUGUUCAUCAUGGGGUUGUGCAUAUCCUGGAAUGCUCCAGCUACAAACAAUCCAAUUUUUGCAGAGAUAGUCCCUGAAAAAUCUCGAACAAGUAUCUAUGCUUUGGAUCGAUCUUUCGAGUCCAUAUUGUCAUCUUUUGCUCCACCUGUUGUUGGGAUAUUGGCUCAGCAUGUUUAUGGUUACAAACCGGUUCCCGAGGGAUCCAGUGAAUCGGAAGAGAUAGCAACAGAUAGAGGGAAUGCUGCAUCAUUGGCCAAGGCACUGUACACAGCUAUAGGAAUUCCAAUGGCUCUCUGUUGCCUCAUCUAUUCAUUCCUAUAUUCCACUUAUCCCAGAGACAAGGAACGGGCUCAGAUGGAGGCUUUAAUAGAAUCAGAGAUGCAACAGAUGGAGUCGGACAAUAUAUGUGCAGGAACAGAAUAUCCUCGAGCUCAGCUACUAGAAUCAGAAGAUGCCUAUGUCAAUGAUAGGGGCGUCACUGAAAUAGAUUAUGAAGGGAGGAGCAGUCCAGAUUUUGAAGAAAAUGAUGACAAGAUGUUACUUCACCACCAAUUGACAUUCUCCAACUUAGGGGAAUAGAUGUUCGGACAAGCAUAAGAAGCUGGCCUUUCCUUAUUAGUUAUUUCCAUGAGGCUACAUUUGCAGCUCAAAUGGUGAGGAAGAUUCAAAACCUUAGCGUGGCAUUAAUCAUACAAAAUUCCCAGUUUUGUGAUGAAGAAUUCAGACUCAGAAAAUCAUGGCAUUGCGUAUAUACACAUAAGAUGCAUACAAAACACACACCAAUCUUGUUCUAGUCUUCCUUGACUGUUAUCCACGAAUGUGACGUGUACAUGUAAUCAACAAGGCCCCAGUCGAAGGGGGUUAAGACUAAUGAACGCUCCUGCGUGAAUAUAACCGGCUUUUUUGUGAGCAAA